AUGGCGCCAGGACAUUUGAUCCACAGCCACGCCCACGAGGAAGACCUCCCGGGCACGGUUAACCUGCAAGUUGCUGAGGGAGAUGAUACCGCCUAUGGCCAGGCUCUAUACCCGGUCCCAGCUGAGGAUCCAAACGAUCCGCUCCAGUGGUCGGAUACGAAGAAGAUAUUGAUCUUGAUAUGCGUCUCUCUUUACUCCUUCCUGGGCAACUGCGCUCUCCUCGGGCCGUCCGUGUACAUCGCUCUUUACUCAGAGGAGUUCGGCAUUACGCCCACCAAAGCCUCUGAUCUCGUCUCUUACCCGAAUCUUGCAUUUGGCUUCGGUUCCCUGAUCCUCGUCCCGCUCUAUCUGAAAAUCGGUCGCCGUCCAGUCAUGCUUCUGUCCAUGGUGCUGUUCUGCGCUGGCUUGAUUGGAGCAUCACAAGCCACGACAUUCGGGGGUCUAAUGGCCUGUCGCGUAAUACACGGAUUCGGAUCGGGAGUCUGCGAGGCCUUGCCUGUGCAGCUCGUCAACGACGUCUUCUUCCUCCAUGAGCGUGGCAAGCGCAUUGGAUUCUACACCGUCUGCCUCUGCCUAGGCUCCACCGGUCCUCUCUAUGCUGGCUACAUGCUCGCGGGUGGCUACUCCUGGCGCCUCUUCUUCUACGUUGUCUUCGCCUUCGCCAUGGGCCUCCUCAUCUUCGCUUUCUUCGUCGUCGAAGAAACCUCCUACAAGCGCACAAAGGUGCCCUCCAUGCCCUCGUCAACUAUAGACGCCGACAAAGCCCCCGACGCCUCCCACACCGAGGUCGCGCCCAUCAUACCGCCCCGCAGAUCCUACCUCGCCACCCUCAAGCCCUGGAGCACCAUCAACCACGAGCAGGAAUUCUGGAUCAUGAUGCCCCGCGCGUUCACUUACUUCCUCGUGCCCCAGGUACUCUGGGUGGUAACCAGCUUUGGGAUUUACAUUGGGCUUGGUGCGCUUGCAUUCAACUACACAUUUCCGCUCAAGAUUACUGCGCCCCCAUAUAAUUGGAGCCAGACGAACAGCGGGCUUAUUACUAUUGCGAGCUUCCUAGGUUACGCGCUGUCGAUCCCGUUUCUGUCGAGCUCGGAUCGGUUAGCCGCGUACUUCACGCGCAAGAAUAACGGCAUUCGAGAGGCGGAAAUGCGCCUUGGCGUCAUGCUCCCCGCGAUGCUGAUCGCGCCCGCAGGAAUCAUCCUCUACGGCUUCGCCGCCGAGCGGAACCUGCACUGGGUCGCCUACUUCUUCGGCGUCGGGCUAGACCAAUGGGGCUCGCUCUUCUACUUCAGUUUCACGCUGGCCUACGCGGUGGACAGCUACAACGCCAACACGUCUGAGAUGCUCAUCGCGAUGAAUUUGGGCAAGCAAGCCAUCUCCUUCGGCAUGGGUAUUUACUUGCUCGACUGGAUCCUGGAGCACGGCUUUGCGGUUACGAUUUCCGGCAUUUUCGCCGCGAUUCUGCUCGCGAAUAAUCUGUGCUUGUUGGUGUUUAUGUUUUGGGGGAAGAGGAUUCGCAUUUUUAUGAAUAGGACGUGGUUGGCCCGGUUGCAUCGGAGUACCAUCAAGAGUGUGGAGGUGGCUUGA